UCCACCGAGCACAUAAAAUCCAUCCCAUCCCAACGCUUACUCAACUCGCGCUUGGUUUUACAAACCGCCUCCUUAGCUUCUGAGUUACCAUCUUGUAGUUCCGAGAUAUCGGCCAACAUGGACGUAAACCUGGUGGAGCUCAUCGGGACCCUUGAGAAGAACGAGAAACGACUGAAAGAAAUAACAAAUCCGCUGCACUGGGUCGAGCACAACUACACCGGUCGCCUUGGUCCCUACGUCCUUGAAUUCGUCUUCGAGAUUGCGAUGCGGCUCGAAGGAUGCCUUAACGACCUGCGAGACGCCCUGAAGGCCAAAGAUCCGUUCCGCCUAAAGACCAAACUUGACAUUGUAAUGUCCAAGCUCGACCACGUCGUUGCCAAGGUGAACAAAACCGACGAACAGGUCGACCAAGUCGCUGCCAAGGGGGACAAGACCGGCGAACAGGUCGCCCUUGACGAAAGUGAUGACCGCCUGGCUGACGUCCAACGCGAUGUGUCUCGGAUCAAGCGUAGUGUUACCGACCUGGCGGCUCCAGCCGUUCCGCCUGGAAUGUUUGAUGAGAUUCGGCGUGGUUUUGAUGAGCUGAAGAAGCUCGCAGACAGGCAAAACCGGGGCCAGGCCACUGCCUUGAAGCAGGAGCUAGAAGAGACGGCCAAGAAGUUGCACGAAACUGAAGCUGAGAACAAGGCACUGCAAGCCAAGGUCGUCGCGCUGAAGGCAAAAGUCGACAACCCGGAUUUCUCUACGCCUUCCGGCACCCAGCCCGUUACCAGCUCCGACGUUGCCGGCCGGGAGCGCAAGAGGAAGAGGAACAACGACGACGAAGACGACGGCACUGCUGGUCAAUCUGAUCACAUGCAAACAAACUUGGUUGAGGUCCAGAAGAAGGCGUUGAACAGAUCGACUGAGAUCGGUCAUCUUAUGCGCACAGUACUCGAACGGAUCGUCCCGCGUGAGGACCUAGAGUAUUGGGACCCUCGCAAGGUGCUUAAGACCAUCUUCAAGCUCGUAUCGACCAAGACCAACCUCCUCAGGGUCCUAAGAUUCAUGGACGAGUGCCAAACCGAGGAUUGCACUGCUUGAGAUGCAUGGUCAGGGGAGAAGACGACACGGCGGUGGCGUAUGAAAUUGGCUAUGAGAUUGACCAUCGUUGCUCCGGAACCCUCUACCUUGGCCGAAAAAACACGGGCAGGGGCCCAGGCAGCCGGUACUAUGAGGCUUAUUACUUCGAUUGAACGGAGGACUUCAUGCACAAUCGGCCGUCUUUGAACCCCUGGCUAUAUAGUCUGGGCACCGACGGCAAUCAAUGGAGUGUGUUAAGGGGAAGGGCAUAGGGAUU